GAUUGAGGCUGGAGAUGAGUGAGAGAUAAGAUGAGAAGGGAAAGGGGCCCUCCUCCCACAUUAUUAUGAAUGAGCCAAAAGAAGGAACCAUCCUCACCCCCACACCUCAUCCACUCGACCCAGACCUCAAUCAUAGUGAGAGAAGCUCUGCUAAACUCCAUUUUCAUCCACCAUUUUUGCACAAAGCAAGGGGAGGAAGAAGGAAGGGAAAAGAGAAGAGAAAAGUUGGUUUUGGCGAGGAAAACUUGUGUUUAGCAAGGAACUUUCACGGAGUUGAAAGGGUCGCCGGAGUUGUCGCCGGAGUUCGUCGAAGUUCGCCGAAGUUUCGCCGGAGCUAAAUCGGGAAGGCUAGAACUUCAUAAGCUUCAUUAAGGUUGAGGCUAGAGUCCUUCUACCUGCACCUUUGCCUAGGGUGACUGAUCGAGAAGGAAGACGUGAAAUGGAGGGUGGACGCAGGAUAACUAGGAGGAACCCGACAGGGCAUGUGCCGGGGGCCACCGGGCAUGCCACUCGGGCGGAAUCACGGACCUCUAGGGGUAGAGGCCGGGGCCAAAGCCGAGGAGGAGGCCGAGGCAGGGGUCUUGGGCGUUCUACCACGCCGACGACAAGUAGCACACGUGUCGGUUCCGUGCACCCGUCAUGGGCCACCGAACCGGACGACUUCACCUAUGCUCCAAGCACGGAGCAAGAGGAGACCCCGUACAACGGGGAGGACUUUGAGGAAGAAGAUGAGGAUGAUGAUCCUCAUUAUGACCGUAUGAGUGAGGUACUAGAGUGGUACCUCGAGAAUAAAGCAAAGAGAGAGCAGCGGCGCCAAGCUAGGCAGGCUAGGCAAACCAUGGGGCAGGGAAGCCGAGGUGCUUCUAGUGCUCCAUCCGGAGCAUUUGCGGGAGACACGAUGGUGCGUAUCUCCAAGUAUCUCAAGGAGGCCAGGGCCUUGGGGUGCAAAUCAUUUGAUGGCAAGGGCGACAUAUCCGAGGCCGCCGACUGGAUUAAGAAGCUGAAUGAUGCUUCUAGGGAUAUGCAAAUUGGACUCGACGUGAAGUUGAGGGUUGCCACCAGACUACUGGAAGGGGUAGCUGCUGUAUGGUGGGAAGGCGUGGAAGGAAAGUUCCACGGUGAGGCCACUUGGGAGAAGUUCGAAGUGGAAUUCUAUAAUCAGUACUACUCAACUUUUGAAGUCAAUCUCAAAAGAAGGGAGUACACAAACCUGAAACAGGAGGAUGGUUGCUCGGUGAGGCAAUUGGAACAAAGGUUCCGUGACUUGGCCCGAUUCAUCCCAGAAUACUCUCUGGAUGAAAAUCGAAUGGCCAAUCAUUUUUGGGAUGCUCUACAGUUGGACAUCCGUGACCGGGCUACUUACCAUCACAACAUGACAUUUAGCCAGAUUGUCGAUCAGGGGCUCCUUGGGGAAGCCCAAUGGAACGAGAGGAAGUUGAGGGACGCUGAGGAGGCGAAGAAGAGAAGAUGGGGAAACUCGGGACCCCAAGACUACUCCCGGAAGCAUCACGCUGGGGGUUGCAAUUCAUUCAGGGCGCCGGCACCACCGGCGAAAAGGAACAAAGGUUCAGGAGGGCAAGGGCCCAAACCGGGGGGUGUGGGACCACCCAGGUGCGCAAACUGCGGUAAGAACCAUGGGGGAAGGUGCAAUGAACCACCCCGGUGCUUCAAAUGCGGUAGCACGAGCCACCUCAAAUCCUCUUGUCCAAUGCUGAACGGGGGAGGACCAUCGGGAGCUAUGGGAGGACCUACGACUAGUAGGGGACGUGCGGGGCCGUCUCAGGCCGGCACGGGAAGGAGCGGACCCACGGCUAGCAACGCCGCGUCCGUUAAUCAAGGGAGGACCCAAGCACGGGUGUAUGCAAUGACCGAGGCUGAUGCUCGGGCCAACCCGGACUCCAUUGCAGGUUGAGGCUAGAGUCCUUCUACCUGCACCUUUGCCUAGGGUGACUGAUCGAGAAGGAAGACGUGGUUCGUGCUUCCAUUCUUAUUUCAAAUGUAUAAACCGCUCAUGGAUUUUUGAAUAAUAUUUUCAUUAAAACAGUUGGGGGCCUGCGUGCCUGUGUUUGCCACGUGUGGCUAAGUAUCAAACAUUUUAUUUUUCCGCAUUUGUUUGACUAUGAUAUUGAUGUUGAUUGUAUGUGUUUACUAA